CGCUGCCGCCGAACCGGGGGCCGGGGUCCGGGGCGCCGGGGGUGAGCGCCAAGAUGGCGGCUCCGGCUCGGGCUGGUGAGUGUGCGUGCGGGGCGCGCGCGGCGCGGCGGUUGGCGGAGCGAGGCCCCCAGCAGUAGCCGAGGUCCGACGGGAGCCCCCGGGGCCGGGCGGCACCUGGCGGCGUUUUCCCGCCGCGCAGGACGCUGGAAGGUCCUGAGAGAGGGAGAGGGGGCUGCGGACGGACGGACCGGAGCGAGCUGAGAGGCGCGUGGCGGCGGCGGGUCCCGCGAAUUUCGAAUUGGCGCCUCUGGGAAGUUUCGUUUUCAGAUACUUCAAGUAUUGUGAACAGAGACUUGUUUGGAUUAUGUGUUUCUCAGCUAGACUAAAUAAAUGUUAAUAAUGGAUAAGUGCAAACACGUUGGGCAGUUGCAAAUUGCUCAAGACCAUUCCAUUCUCAACCCUCAGAAAUGGCAUUGUGUGGACUGCAAUACGACUGAGUCGAUUUGGGCUUGCCUUAGCUGUUCCCAUGUUGCCUGUGGAAGAUAUAUUGAAGAGCAUGCGCUCAAGCACUUUCAAGAAAGCAGUCAUCCUGUUGCAUUGGAGGUGAAUGAGAUGUAUGUUUUUUGUUACCUUUGUGAUGAUUAUGUUCUUAAUGAUAAUGCAACCGGAGACCUGAAGUUACUACGAAGUACAUUAAGUGCAAUCAAAAGUCAGAAUUACCACUGCACCACUCGUAGUGGAAGGGUUUUACGGUCUAUGGGUACAAGUGAUGAUUCUUAUUUCUUACAUGAUGGCGCCCAAUCUCUGCUUCAAAAUGAAGAUCAAAUGUAUACUGCUCUUUGGCACAGGAGAAGGAUGCUAAUGGGUAAAAUCUUUAGAAUGUGGUUUGAACAAUCACCCAUUGGAAGAAAAAGGCAAGAAGAACAAUUUCAGGAAAAGAUAGUAGCAAAAAGAGAAGUGAAGAAAAGACGGCAAGAACUAGAGGAUCAAGUUAAAGCAGAAUUGGAAAGUAUGCCUCCAAGAAAGAGUUUACGUUUGCAAGGUCUAGCUCAGUCCACCACAAUAGAAAUAGUUCCUGUUCAAGUACCACCACAACCUCCAGCAUCACCAGCAAGAGAUGAAGUAGUAUCUACCUCAGAAGACGUAGGACUUAAAAAAAUCAGUGACUCCUCAGUUAAACGAAGGCCAAUAGUAACUCCUGGUGUAACAGGAUUGAGAAAUUUGGGAAAUACUUGCUAUAUGAAUUCUGUUCUUCAGGUAUUAAGUCAUUUACUUAUUUUUCGACAAUGUUUUUUAAAGCUUGAUCUGAACCAAUGGCUGGCCGUGACUGCAAGUGAUAAGACAAGAUCUUCUUGUAAGCAUCUACCAGUUACAGAUACAGUAGUAUAUCAAAUGAAUGAAUGCCAAGAAAAAGAUACAGGUUUUGUUCGGUCUAAACAUUCAAGUUUGUCAUCAGGACUAAGUGGUGGGGCAUCAAAAAGCAGAAAAAUGGAGCUUAUUCAGCCAAGAGAGCCAAGUUCACAAUACAUUUCUCUUUGUCAUGAAUUGCAUACUUUGUUCCAAGUCAUGUGGUCUGGAAAGUGGGCCUUGGUCUCACCAUUUGCUAUGCUACACUCGGUGUGGAGACUAAUUCCUGCUUUUCGUGGUUAUGCCCAACAAGAUGCUCAGGAAUUUCUUUGUGAACUGUUGGAUAAAAUACAACAUGAACUAGAGACAACUGGUACCAGUUUACCAGCUCUUAUCCCUACUUCUCAAAGGAAACUUAUCAAACAAGUUCUGAAUGUUGUAAAUAACAUUUUUCAUGGACAACUUCUUAGUCAGGUUACAUGUCUUGCAUGUGACAACAAAUCAAAUACCAUAGAACCUUUCUGGGACUUGUCACUGGAAUUUCCAGAAAGAUACCAAUGCAGUGGGAAAGAUAUUGCUUCCCAGCCAUGUCUGGUUACUGAAAUGUUGGCCAAAUUUACAGAAACUGAAGCUUUAGAAGGAAAAAUCUAUGUAUGUGACCAGUGUAACUCAAAACGUAGAAGGUUUUCUUCAAAACCAGUUGUACUCACAGAAGCCCAGAAACAGCUUAUGAUAUGCCACCUACCUCAGGUUCUCAGACUACACCUCAAACGAUUCAGGUGGUCAGGACGUAAUAACCGAGAGAAGAUUGGUGUUCAUGUUGGCUUCGAAGAAAUCUUAAACAUGGAGCCCUAUUGCUGCAGGGAGACCCUGAAAUCCCUCAGACCAGAAUGCUUUAUCUAUGACUUAUCUGCUGUAGUAAUGCAUCACGGGAAAGGAUUUGGCUCAGGACACUAUACUGCCUACUGCUAUAAUUCUGAAGGAGGGUUCUGGGUACACUGCAAUGAUUCCAAGCUAAGCAUGUGCACUAUGGAUGAAGUAUGCAAGGCCCAAGCUUAUAUCUUGUUUUAUACUCAACGAGUUACUGAGAAUGGACAUUCUAAACUCUUGCCUCCAGAGCUCCUGUCUGGUAGCCAGCAUUCCAGUGAAGAAGCUGAUACCUCUUCUAACGAAACCUUUAGCUGAUCCAAAGACAGUGGGGCUUUCCUCUUACGAUUUGUAUAUAUACUUUUUAAAAGGGCUGACUUACAAUUUUCAGCUUCAUUGUUUUUAUUUUUUACUUAUGAAUCAGUGCACACUACAGUUAUACAUUUUGUAUCUAACUCUACAACAAAACUUUUUUUUACAGAGACAAAUAUAUCAACUGCAGGUAACUAUGUUCAAAUACUUGGGAGUUUUAGAGUUUACCUCAGACUGGUGUUACCUCUUUUAUAUUUUGAUGUCUUAAUUGGCUUAGAUCAUGAAUUUGUGCAAUCUUCUACUGAAGAAGAAGUUCAGGUGGCAUCAUUUUAUAUACAUUUGUUACUUAUUUAUCUUUUGUAGCUAUUUUCUAUACAAAUUUUUGAUGGAUGGAAAAUUAGAUACUUACUUCACUAAUAGUCUUACCAAAAAAAAAAAAAGGCUUUUCUUUCAGGCCAUUUGUAUAUUGAAGUCACCUUUGCCCCUUGAAGGGAGUUAAACUAAUACUUCAAUGUAUUAGUAUCACCAAUACUCGCCAAUCAUACUCGAUAUUCCUGAGGCUUUGUUAUAGGCCUCAGAACAGAUAUUACUUUGGUUAGUGCAACUUCACUUAAAAAUUUAUUGUUUAUUAAAAUAAUUGUUAUUUGGCAUAGUCAAACUGUAUCUAAAUGAAAAUGACAGCUUUACAAAUAUAUUUAAGUGAACUUCAGAACUAUGGACAUUAAAAAAAUGAUGGCUGGGAUUUAUGAUUUCUGUCUGGCAGCAAACAGGUUUGUCUAGAUUCUCAUAAAACAGUCAUAUAAAAAAUGUGAAUUUAGCAAACUGGUAUAUUAUGAUGUUAUUCAAAUAUUUUAUCUUGGGUACGGGUUUAGAUCUCUUAAAGCUUUGUGUAUCUUGAUUUUUAGCUCAAAGGAGAAAAAAAUUGUAAAGGGCAGAAAAGAUAAUUGUUCGAUAUUGGUAAUUGGGCUGUAUGUCUAGCACCUCACUUUCCUAAAUUAAGCCAGGAUUACUUACUUUUGCUAGAAUUAUGUGACUACUAGGUAGAAGCCUCUUAGAUAAACACUGGCCCAAGCAGUUUUUUUAAAAAAUUUAAAGUUAUCUAAACUUGCAUUUAAAAAUAGUACGACCCUUUUUGCUCUUUUAAUAAUCUAGUAAGAUCUCUUUAAAGUUGUAUUGCUGCUAACUUAAUCUCAUUUAGAAAGGGUAGAAUCCACUAACCUCUGUAGAUCAGCUAUAUAAUAUCUUAAGCUCGGUGUUAACCACUGGAGAUCAUUUAUUAAUUUUCUCUUAAGUGGGUUUAUUUGCCAGUUAAAAUCUUAAUGAAAGAUAAUAUCCUGUAGAAUGCUGUUUGCCACUAGUGAUCAUCUAUAAGUAUAAACUAGAAAGGGACCUCUACUAGCAAAUAUGUCUUAAAUUUCAAAAUAAGUCAUCUGGGUCAGCCGGUAGUGAAGUGCAAUGAGACUCUAUUACUGAAUAGACAAAUCAUUUGUGCCAAAUAUACAUCUGGAGUAUUAAAUGGCUAGAUUUAAAAUUGUUCAUUUACUAAACACCUAUGCAAGUUGUUACCUCAACUGUUACAUACUUAUACCUCAUUAAAGAUUGAUGUGGUUAAGAUA